AUGACAGACCCAGGUGGCCCACAGAGGCACACACUGUGUUUUUUAUCAACGUUACUUUCCCAGAAGGUUCCAGAGAAGUCUGAUGCUGUGCUUCGCUGCAUGAUAGCUGGUCAGCCCAAGCCAGAUGUGACUUGGUAUAAGAAUGGUCAAGCCAUAGACAAGGAUGGCCUUGCUUCCAGUUAUGAGUUCUUUGAGCACCAAUAUAUUCAUUUGCUGUAUCUCCCAUGCUGUACCCAGAGCGAUGCCGCUGUUUAUCAAGUCUCAGCGAGAAGCUGUGAGGGGAUGAUUUGCUGCUCAGCUUCCAUUGAGGUCGAGUGUCUGCCAGAAAACCCACAGGUCUCUUCUGACCCCAGAGAUGGUAGGGGCAUGUCUGGAAAACAUGAAACAAAGAUGUGUGAGGAAGAAAGCGCAAAUCAAACUGAGGAGAAAGGUCGCCCUUAUAAGGAAGAAGAAAAUAUGGCCCCUAGGCCACCCAGGUCAGCUGAUUCCUCCCCCAACAAAUUCAACCUCUCAUGUUCACCCCAGGUAUUGGCAAAUCAUGGCACCAGUGUUUCCAAUUCUGAAAAUCCCCUGGAUGUUAAAGCAACAAGGCAAAGGGCAGAGGCUUGUGAUUCAAAUAAUACACAAGAAAAAUCCUUUAAUUCAGGCAACACUACAGAAAAACAAGAUGCAUGGCACCACAGGACAAUGCAUACAACUGGCCUGGGGUUAACCGGCAGUGGUGACCUAGGUAAUGAUGGUUCUGAUGACAAGGGCUUUACCGGUAGUCAUCAAAAUCCCAAAGCACAGAAAUACAUCAGCUUCAGUCUUCCGCUGUCUGCGGCAACUGUGUGCGCUUACCCAAGUGACUGCGAUUCCGUCAACACACAGCCUGGCCCUCAGGUUUUCAGUGAAGACUCUGACAGUGACUAUGAACUUUGCCCAGAGAUAACCUUAACCUACACGGAGGAGUUUUCAGAUGAUGAUCUGGAGUAUCUGGAAUGUUCCGAUGUUAUGACGGAUUACUCUAAUGCGGUUUGGCAAAGGAGCCUGCAGGGGACUGACCAAGUUUUUUUAUUAGAAAGCGAUGACGAAGAGGUGGAAUUCAAUGAGUGUGGCCUCGGUGGGUGUGAGCAUUUCCUCAGUGAAAUGGGUUGUGGGCCUCGGGUGUCAGGUGACAUAGGGCCUGUGGAUACCACCACUGGCUUCUCUGGUUAUCACUCACAACUCCAAGAAGUGGGGGUCAGGAGAAGCAGUGCCUCCAGGCACAUUUCCUCACCCCUGCAUGCAAGGAUGACUCUUACUCUGGGACCUCACCAGGAUGGAACAGCUACGGUGACUGAACAGGGGAGAUGUCCAUUCCCCACUGUUUCUGAGGCUCCUGAAAAUGAUUGCUCAGGAAUUCAAGUAGAAAUUAGAGACUGCUCUGAAGCAGGAGAAGAAUUUGCCAGUGACAAUCUGCUAACCAUGGAUAAGGCAGUGACAGAGGCAGAGGUGAAACCCUUGUCUGAGGGGUUAGACAAGUUAGAGGUGAUGCAGGGUUCAGAGAGCGUGACUGGGGAAAGAUCAGAGGAAAAGCGCCCAGGCAGCAGGAGGGGUACAGCGAGACCCAACAGAGCAAAGCGGCCCAGAAUGAAGGAAGAUGUCAAGAAACAGCUGCUUAAAGAGAGAGCCCCAGAAGGCACCCUUGACCCCCUUCCCAAGGAACCGGCUAAGCACCCGUUAACCAGGAGCCAUCCAAGAGAGACUCCACACAUCAAGGCAGGAGCCUGGACUUCUCACUUGCAGGCAGAACAAAAUAUUCCACUCCCAGCAGAGCAAGACUCCAAAACCCUUCCACCCCAAGAAGAUUUGCUUUCCAAGGAAGGAGACACAAGCUUCGAGGGAGAAGGGAUGCUGGUUAAUAACUUAUUUGAAACAAGUCAGGUUCCAGACCAGACUGACCAUCUUCAGAUGCAAAUUCAGAAAGCCUUCAGGGAGAGAAGUUCUCUCAGCCACAUGCCAGCUUUCUCUGUGUCUGCUGGAGAGGAGUCUUCAUUCCCUGGGACCACAAUGAAUUUUGUCUCCAUUUUAAGCAAGAUCAACAAGGAAAAUGUACCACUGGCCCAGUACCUGGGGCUGGAAAGCUGUACUCAAGGCCCACAGCAGGAAGACAGCCAGAACAGAGAAGACGAUGUGCCCAGUGGUCUCUGGGCAGAACUAGCACAUGAACUGAGUGCCCUGGAAACCAAUUAUGAAGAAAUGUCUCCUGUUCCACUCUCAGUACAUCUCCCUCAGGAUGCUAGGGUCUACUAUGGGGAGCCUGAGGCUCUCUCUGCUGCUUUCCUGGAGCCUACAGAUCCCUCCCUCACCCUAGAAAAUGUGUGCAGUGGGUCAAGGGGGAGAGAAACUACAUGUGUGAUGGAUUGUUUUGAAGCUGGUGACCGAGAAACAUGUUAUGAAACCAUGGAUCCUCCUUUUGGAGCACCAGUUGAUAAAUACUUUCCUCAAGAAAUUUGCCCCAUGGACUUUGAGCUGACAGAAGGUCAAAGCAAAGUAUGUGAUUUAUAUUCUCCUGACAAGAUACUGGCUGUUCUUCAAACAGAAGGUUCUAAACUUCCACAGUCCAUAUGUGAAUGCGGCAAGUCUGGAAACUCGUCUGAGUCCCCUCUUUUUACCAAUGCUUUCACCUGGAACAUGUCACAGGAGGCCAGUAAGGGUGCUGUGGGGGCAACUCUAGAUGAUGUGGAGAAUUCCCUCUCCAUCUUAUCCUCCAUGGAACAGGCUGGCUGGGCAAGGCUGAGUCCCUACGACUCAGGAGGGCUUGAGGAGGCACAGCCCCCUACCUCAAAGGAUAAUUCUUUUGUGAACUUUAAUGAAGGAGACUAUGAAAGGCCCAAAAUCAGUGCCCCAGCUGCCACAGACAUACCAGCCAGUUGCAAUUCAGACAUGAGGCUCCCAGAAGAGCAGUCAACUACUACAUUAACUGCUAAUGUUGAGUGUCAUCAAGUGACCAGAGAGAUUGAGGACACAUCAAUUGGUGCUGUUGCCACCAAAGUCCACCAAACCAAAUACUACCCUGUUUCAGUUUCUGAGAACAACCUUAUAGAUGGUGCUGACAAGACUUCACUUGAGAUACUAGAUGAAAAUAAUUUCCAGUUUUCUUCCAGUUUACAGUCGGGUCAUAUUUUAAGCGGCUCCACAUCUGAAUCUACCAAAGAGCUACCUUACCUGGCACCCAGCAUUCCAGGAGCUCAUGGACAUACUCUCCCACUACCUGAGGGAGAGGAUUUACGUCGCAAUUCCCCUCUUCAGAUUGAUAACCAACCUGGGGAUAAGAGCCAGAUUGUAGACAGAGCUGACAGCAGAAGCUUUGAAGAGGAUUUCCAAGAAAAAGGAAGUGAAAUGAAGCAGACUAUCCAACCACAGAGCCCAUCCUACCAGAGUUCUCUUUCUGCAAAUGAUUUCCAAGAAAUCUUGCCCCCAAUAUCUGCCAUGCUAGAGGAAGCCAAUGUGGAGUCCUUGGAAUGCUCCCUAGCAGACUCUGGGGAAGAAAGAGGAUGUGACUCAAACCUGAGGACCAGUGUCUCUGUGAUGGCCAAGACGACUAUGGAGGAAGACAGUCAGUCACUGAACAGUGUUCCAUCUCUCUCUGAAAUGCUCCUCUGGCAGAGUGAUGACUCUGGACUAGGAAGUUGGGAAGCAGGCAACAAGGUGAAGAUUAUAACCUUAGAAGCUUCUGGUUUUGAAAUCUGGCCACCAAAACAAGUGACAGAUUCUGAGUACAAGGAGGCAGAAGCUGGUCUCACAGUCCCUGGCAGGGCCUGGGCUCUGUCUGACAUCCUCAAGGCAGAUGUUGCCAUGCUGAAACCAGAUGCGCUGGGAGCUCAGAAUGAGGCAACAGUCCUUGCUGACCACAGGGAAACCUGUGAAGGUGACACACCAGCCAGUGAUGCACACUGGAGCAGUCUUUCUUCCCAGUGUUUAAGACAGCCCAGACUCCUGGAGUCAUCUGUAGACCCUGUUGAUAAAAAGGAAUUAGAUGUCAUAGACUACCUACCAGAGAAUUCCAAAACUGGAGGGAAAGAAAGUGUUAAAACCAGGAGUCAAGAACAGGAAGAAAAUCAGCUCAAGGUGCAUCACUCUGCCUUCACUAACCAGUUUGUGAACAUCGCUAAUAUCCUGGAAUCCUCUGUGGAUCCCAUUGAUGGUAGGGGUAAGAUGGAAUAUGCCUGGUCUGAGAAGCCAAAGCCUUCUGACUCCACCAGGGAGGGGAACAAAUUCACGGACGGAAACUUAGAUCAGAGGGUAGAAGUCCAACCUGCCGUUCUGCAAGUACCACGUCCCCAAGACAUUACCAUUCGUAAGGAAAAAACAAUCAACCAAGACCAGGUAGACAGAGAAGGAACAGAGGUUGAACAAGGUCAAUACAAUGGAGCAAAAAUGGAAGGCCAGCCUGCCAUUUGGCAAGCCCUGUGUCGUAGUAAAGGGGUACAAAGAAUUCCAAGUGUAUGCUGCAUGAGCCAAGAUGGUAGUAACAGAAGCCCGGGGGAGGCUAAGCAAAGGAAAAGGGGCAAGGCUGAAGUCGUCUUUACUUCACCUCUUCCCAGUUGUCUUGCAGGAAUGACGGGUGCAUCUGUGGAUGACAGCAACUCCACAGGUCACAUUCAUGGUAGAUCUGAGCCCAGAAACCAUCAAGAUGUAGUUCCUGAGUUGAAGGAAAGAGGAACUAUUGAGAAUGAGUAUGAAAAACAUGUGUCCUCUUCAAGUCAUCUUACACAGUCACCUUGCGCUUCAUUUCCCGAAGGAAAUGUCACACACUUUUCAUUAAGUCAUGACAUUGAGGAACUGAAAACGGAGGAGCUUCAAAUUGCGGAAACCAAACCCCUAAGCUCAUCUGACUCCCCAACAAUGACUUUGGCUUUCAUUUCAGGAGAAUGUGAGUCAGAGAAAGUCCCUGAGGGCUUGUUACUACAGGACCUGUGUCAAAAGCGCUCCACCCUGGACAGUGGGAAAAAGUCCAGAAAGGAAAUGCCCAGGCAUGUGGCCACCCAGACUGGCAACUUCCCAGGGGUCCAAUCAGCAGUGACAGAGUCAGAGGGGAUCAAGAAGAAGCAAGAAACCUCAGGAAGUGGACAUUUAGCUGAGGGGGUGAAGAAGAAAAUUCUGUCCAGGGUGGCAGCCCUGAGACUGAGAUUGGAAGAGAAGGAAAAUGUGAGAAAGAACCCGAGUCCUCUUAAAAAGGUCCCUAAGUUUGAAAAAUCGUUAUCCCGCGCUGAUGAGAAAAAAGACCCCAAAAAGGCCCCUUGCAAAAGAGAAGGAAAAGCUCCAGUAUUAUUGAAAAAGAUCCAAGCAGAGAUGUCCCCUGACCACUCUGGAAAUGUAAAGUUGAGCUGCCAGUUUGCAGAAAUUCAUGAAGACUCUACCAUCUGGUGGACAAAAGAUUCAAAGUCAAUAGCUCAAGUGCAGAGAAGUGCAGGGGACAACUCCAGUGUUUCCUUGGCCAUUGCCCGAGCUGGUCAGAAGGACCAGGGUCUCUAUGACUGCUGCAUCAAGAACAGUUAUGGAAAAGCCACCACUGAGUUUAACCUCACAGCUGCAGUUCUCAAGGAGCUUUCAAGUCACAUGGAUAGUAGAGGAUGUGAAGAGAUUGAAUUCAGCCAGCUCAUCUUCAAAGAGGACUUCUUCAAUGAUAGCUACUUCGGGGACCGCCUACGUGGUCAGAUAUCCACAGAAGAGCUGCACUUUGGGGAAGGGGUGCACCGCAAAGCCUUCCGCAGCACGGUGAUGCGGGGCCUCAUGCCUGUCUUCCAGCCCGGCCAUGCCUGUGUGCUUAAGGUGCAUAAUGCCAUUGCCCAUGGGACCAGAAACAAUGAUGAGCUGGUGCAGAAGAACUACAGACUUGCUGCCCAGGAAUGCUAUGUUCAAAAUACUGCCAGAUACUAUGCCAAGAUCUAUGCUGCUGAAGCACAGCCUCUGGAAGGCUUCGGAGAAGUGCCAGAAAUCAUUCCUAUUUUCCUCAUCCAUCGGCCUGAGAACAACAUCCCUUAUGCCACAGUGGAAGAGGAACUGAUUGGCGAAUUUGUAAAGUAUUCCAUCCGAGAUGGGAAAGAAAUCAACUUCCUGAGAAGAGAGUCAGAGGCUGGCCAGAAAUGCUGUACCUUCCAGCAUUGGGUAUACCAGAAAACAAGUGGCUGUCUCCUGGUCACUGACAUGCAGGGUGUGGGAAUGAAGUUAACUGACGUUGGUAUAGCAACACUAGGUAAAGGGUAUAAAGGAUUUAAGGGCAACUGUUCCAUGACCUUCAUUGAUCAGUUUAAAGCACUUCACCAGUGUAACAAGUAUUGUAAAAUGCUGGGGCUAAAAUCGCUUCAAAACAACAGCCAGAAGCCAAAGAAGCCAGGCAUCGGGAAAGGCAGAGUUCAAGCAAACCCCACACCUGUGAAGACGCUGGAGUCUGGGAUCCCAGCAGAAAAGAAAGCCCAGCAUCUCAUCCCUAAGUAACCAGCAACUGCCAGCUAGCCCCAGGGCCUGUGAGCAGACAUCUGCAGAUACACAAGGAACAAGAACCCACAGUCUGCACAGUGUGUGACAGCCCUUCCUCCCAACCCUCUGGGCCCUGAGGCUUCCAUGUUGUCACUUGCUGUCUGCUGAAAUGACUUUAGAAUGGGACUUUGUGACCAGUUGUGGAGAGAUUCAUGAGUUUUUUUGUCAGCCUCAAAGAUAGUCCACACUUAGCCUUUCUACCCACCUCAUGUUGUGUGUCCAUUUGUGUAUUUGCAUGUGGUUUGUUGUCAAGAACUUGAUGAUGCCUGGGGUCUGGUCACUGUCAAAGCCCUUCCCACUCCCACGCCUCACCUCAGGGUUUCUGGACAUUUCCAUUCUCAGUGUGAACAGAAAUCAUGAAUGUCAAGUUGUUGCAUGAGUGUCACGUUUGCUAUUGUUGCUUGAAGUGGCUUCUGAAGCGUGAAGUCACCUCCCAGCAUUAUUUACUCAGC